CGCUGCAUCUCAUGCAAGAGCGAGAAGCCCAUGCAGUCACAUUGAUCUGCCGUACGCAAGGAGAGGCCCUCGGCACGGCGUGUACUUCCAGACCUGCAUGUCGUUGCUGCCAGCUGCAUUGUCGUCCAGCCACCCGAGAACAGGAAGAGGAAUAGGAAGGGGUCACGAAAGGGCCAUUUCUCUCCACCUUGCUUAAGAGGAAUUUUCCGGGGGGGGUGCGAGACGGUUGUCGGGAAGAUUUUUGCCUGGUCUCUGUGCUUUUCCACUGCGUGCCGAGGCAGGCCAACAGGAUGAUCGCGGCACAGCUCCUAGCGUACUACUUCACUGAGCUGAAGGAUGACCAGAUCAAGAAGAUCGACAAGUACCUGUACGCCAUGCGCUUCUCGGAUGAGACGCUUCUGGACAUCAUGAACCGCUUCAAGAGGGAGAUGGAGAAUGGACUUGGGAAGGACACGAACCCCACAGCCACUGUGAAGAUGCUUCCCACAUUUGUGAGGUCCAUUCCUGACGGUUCCGAAAAGGGAGAUUUCAUUGCUCUCGAUCUGGGGGGGUCCAACUUCCGUAUCCUGCGGGUGAAGGUGUCCCACGAAAAGAGGCAAACGGUGCAGAUGGAGAGCCAGAUCUACGACACCCCAGAAGACAUCAUGCAUGGCAGUGGCACCCGGCUCUUUGACCAUGUGGCCGAAUGCCUGGGGGACUUUAUGGAGAAGCAAAAAAUCAAGGACAAGAAACUCCCAGUAGGAUUCACCUUCUCCUUCCCAUGUGCACAAACUAAGCUGGAUGAGGGUAUUCUACUGACCUGGACAAAACGAUUCAAAGCAAGUGGCGUGGAAGGUGCGGACGUGGUCAAACUUCUCAACAAGGCCAUCAAGAAGCGAGGGGACUAUGACGCUGAUAUCAUGGCAGUGGUCAACGACACAGUUGGAACUAUGAUGACCUGUGGAUUUGAUGACCAGCGCUGCGAAGUUGGCAUAAUCAUAGGUACAGGUACCAACGCCUGCUACAUGGAGGAGUUGAGGCACAUUGACCUUGUGGAGGGAGAUGAGGGCCGCAUGUGCAUCAACACCGAGUGGGGGGCCUUUGGGGAUGAUGGAAUGCUGGAGGACAUUCGUACCGAGUUUGACCGAGAGAUUGACAGGGGCUCCCUCAACCCUGGGAAGCAGCUAUUUGAGAAGAUGGUCAGUGGGAUGUACAUGGGUGAACUGGUACGUCUCAUUUUGGUCAAGAUGGCUAAAGAAGGGAUGCUGUUCGAAGGUCGGAUUACACCCGAGCUGCUCACCAAAGGAAAAUUUGAAACAAAACAUGUCUCUGCAAUUGAAAAGACCAAGGAGGGCCUGAGCAAGGCUAAGGAGAUCCUGACGCGCCUGGGCGUGGAGCCGUCACACGAGGACUGCGUGGCAGUGCAGCACGUGUGCGCUGUGGUGUCCUUCCGCAGUGCCAACCUCAUCGCUGCCACGCUUGGGGCCAUCCUGCUCAGGCUGAAGGACAACAAGGGCUCUCCGCGUCUGCGCACCACCGUGGGAGUUGAUGGAUCCCUCUACAAGAUGCACCCUCACUAUGCCCGGCGUCUGCACAAGACUGUACGGCGGCUGGUCCCGGAGUCGGACGUACGCUUCCUGCUGUCAGAGAGCGGGAGCGGCAAGGGCGCGGCCAUGGUGACCGCGGUGGCGUACCGGCUGGCGGAGCAGUCACGGCAGAUCGCCCAGACGCUGGCCGAAUUCCAGCUCACCAAGGCUCAGCUGCUGGAGGUCAAGGAGCGCAUGAGAGCGGAGAUUCAGAGAGGCCUGUCAAAGGAGACCCACGAGUUGGCUUCCGUCAAGAUGCUGCCCACUUUUGUACGCCGCACACCUGAUGGGACAGAAAAUGGAGAUUUCCUGGCAUUGGACCUGGGAGGGACUAAUUUCAGGGUGUUGCUGGUGAAGAUCCGCAGUGGCAAGCGACGCUCUGUGGAGAUGCAUAACAAAAUUUAUGCAAUUCCACUGGAGGUUAUGCAGGGUACUGGAGAGGAGCUUUUCGACCACAUCGUGCACUGCAUCUCUGACUUCCUGGACUACAUGGGAAUGAAGAAUGCCCGCCUGCCUUUGGGCUUCACCUUCUCCUUCCCCUGCAAACAGACGAGUCUGGAUGCGGGUAUCCUUAUAAAAUGGACCAAAGGUUUCAAGGCCACUGACUGCGAGGGUGAGGAUGUUGUGGGCCUGCUUCGGGAAGGAAUCAAACGAAGAGAGGAGUUUGACCUGGACGUAGUUGCUGUGGUGAAUGACACAGUAGGGACAAUGAUGACCUGCGCAUAUGAGGAGCCCACAUGUGAGAUUGGCCUGAUUGCAGGAACUGGUAGUAAUGCUUGCUACAUGGAGGAGAUGAGGAACAUCGAGACGAUAGAGGGUAAUGAGGGCCGAAUGUGCGUCAAUAUGGAGUGGGGUGCCUUUGGUGAUAACGGCUGCCUGGAUGACAUCAGAACCAAAUAUGAUGAAGCCGUGGAUGAACUGUCCUUCAAUGCUGGAAAACAAAAGUACGAGAAGAUGUGCAGCGGAAUGUACUUGGGUGAGAUCGUGAGGAACAUCCUGAUUGACCUCACCAAACGUGGCUUCCUAUUCAGGGGCCAGAUCUCCGAGACCCUGAAGACAAGGGGUAUCUUUGAAACCAAGUUCCUAUCCCAGAUUGAGAGUGACCGGCUGGCGCUGCUACAGGUCAGGUCCAUCCUGCAGCACCUUGGCCUGGACAGUACAUGUGAUGACAGUAUCAUAGUGAAGGAGGUGUGUGGCACCGUAUCCCUCCGGGCCGCCCAGCUCUGUGGCGCUGGCAUGGCUGCUGUCGUCGAGAAAAUCCGCGAGAACCGUGGGCUGGACCGGCUGGAAAUUACCGUCGGGGUGGACGGCACACUCUACAAGCUCCACCCACACUUCUCUAGGAUCAUGCACCAGACGGUGAAGGAGCUGGCGCCCAAGUGCGACGUCAACUUCCUCUUGUCUGAGGAUGGCAGCGGCAAGGGGGCUGCCCUCAUCACAGCCGUGGGCUGCCGUCUACGCCAACAGGAGCAACAGAGCUGAACCGUUGGUGCCUGGCCUGGUACCCGUCAUGUGCUCCUCUCCCCGAGGCCUCAUCCCAACACCUCCUCCACCAUCCGUACGCAUCACUCUCCCGCAGCAGUUGAAACUCUGCCCUGGGUCACCUCACCACACCUGAAACACCUCCACAGGCAGAGGGCAAGGGUUGGCUACAACCCCGGUUUGUAUCCCUACUACUGUCUUGCUUCUGUUUGCCUUUUAACUUUCCUUAGGGAAUUAAAUACAAAUCCCACAUACUACAUAUACCUAUGUACACAGCUAACUCUUCAACCUGUAUCAUACUAGGUGUACCAGAGAGUUUUUUCCUUUUGGUGUGAUAUAUUUUAAAAUAUUAUAACACUGCUGUAGCCAUUCCUGAGGAUGUACAUUAGUGAAUAAAGGGAAGAUGUAGCUGCACUAAAUUUUAGCCCUUUACAAUGUGUGUAUUAUUUAUUUUUUGUAUUUGAGGGGUUUAUUACGGUGAUGAGAUUAUGCAGGUGCAUCAUGUGAGCCAGACGAGUACAGUAGCUGGCUGGGCAGCUGAGUAUCAUUUGAACAUGCCGUUUUUAGUAUCUGUAAACUGUCGGAUGUUGCUUUUGUAUGCUUCAUAGCAUUUAAGGGUGGAAAUUUUAGUGGCAGCUGCAAAGUACGAUGCCCACCCAUUGCUUCUCAUAGUGUUCGCUUCCAGCUCCAAAGGCCACGCACAAAGAGUCGUGGUCGUGUUCUGUGUGAUGCUGUCGAUCACUCCGGUCACUGUCUACGUGUUCUUACGCUUACACACUUUGAAUUGAACCAAGACUGUAGUAUUUCUUGCCUUCUCCCAUUGGAAACAUGUUGAUUCCUCUUCUUCUUUCAGAUCUAAAAUGGAACCAGGUGCUGUACUGUAUUAUGCUGUUGCUUUUAGUGAAUUACUGUAAUUGUCAUGUUGAACCUCAGCUGUAAACAAUGUCAAAACAGAAGUCCUGGAAGGGCGAGUUGGCAAUGUUCAUGCUUCCUGUUGGCUGAAUGUGUUUUAAUCCUGCUGUAAGACCCGUAGCUUUAAAUGUUCAUAAUGAAAACAUGCCUUACUGGGUAACACAAAAGUAUUGGUCCAUUUAUUUUGUACAGUGAUAGGAUAUUUCAUACCAUACAUCAGAUGCACAAGUGUUUCAGAAAAUGAAAUGAUGAAAAAUAAAUUUUGUUUUGAUGU